AAUUGACUGCACCGUUGCUCUAUCCUUCUAUCUCUCCACUUUGGACAUAAUCCCUUUGUCAGCUUUCGUUGCCAUUGUUUAUUCUUAUAUACCCUUAGUUUAUCAUUUGGAGGCAAUCCCGAAGCAACAGACAUCGCAAUGGCCGACGGACUCAAUGAAGCACGUGCCCUGCGGGUGGCAGAGAUCAUAAACGACUACCGAACUCUACUCGUGCACAUCUCCCAGCAAAACGUCCAGAUCCCGAGCGAAGAAGCCAACGAAGAGGGCUACAAGGCGAUUAGAGAGGGUCUGGCCGCAGCACAGGCCUUGAUGUCAUCCAACUUCAAUCCCACCAUGACACCUGCCCAGUCCAACGUGGAAACGGAGAAGGCAGGACUGCAGAGAGUCAUCCUGGACGCCAGUGCCCGGCGAUUCCAAGCCCAUCGCAUCUACCUCCGCGUGGCGGCCGCCAGAAGAUGGGCGAUCAAUCGCCAGAACAUCCUACGAGGCCAGCGCCCAGGACCCCAGCAUGCUACUCAACUCAAGGCCGUGAGCCAAACCUUCCGACAGGAAUUGGCACAAGUAACGGACCAGUACGUUGUUGCUGAUCUCCGGGCAGCCGACACGCGGUCAGGCCAUUGGCUGGCCGAAGACCCUGCCUUGCCCGUGAUUCUCAACUGGAUCCGUUCUCACCCUUAGAGUGUAUACGGAGAUGAUGUUUUAAGCAGUUUCGGGACUACGGCACCACCUUUCUUGAUCAUUUCGUUAUACCCUUUUGGGCGGCAGUGACAUCGGGCGCGGGUCGCUCGAUGUGCACUUUGAGGCAGAGAAAAAGCUCUAUGAUUUCUUAUGAUUCGACUCCUGUGUUCUUUUUAUCUUUCGGCUUUCAUUUCGGUCUGCAGCAUUGCUUAGCUUUCGUUGAUG